AUUGGGAAAUGUUUCUCUGUAAAAUAACUAGUGACCCAUUUGACGCAAAAAAAUUGCAACAAUUUCAAUCUAGUGAAUUUCAGUCGAAAAUUCUAAAUUGAUUUACGUCAGAAGUAGUAAAGAUUGAUCGAGUUAAAACUAGUGGGAGGAAUAAAAACCAACCAUCUCUGUGGACAAAACUGAUAAUACAAAAGCGAACAAUGACACUGUGGCUGAUCCUUUUCAAUUGAUUUACUCACGCUCGUGUUAGCAUGCGCUAUACAACAUUCAUUUUUCACAUUGUAAUAAACGAAUAGAAGGCGAAAAAUAGAAAGCAAUUAUUACAGAACAAUUAAUCAAAAACAGUCAGUCCUAAACAAUCAUAAAUUAUGGCGUAUAAUGAAGGAAAUCAUGGUUACUUUGAUCAACCAUUGGAACCAUUGAAUUAUGAUUUGAAUGAAUUUGAAGCAUCAAGUAUGCUUGAUGUUAAAGAUAACCUUGAACCUGAAAAUCAUCGGGCGCUUAUCAAUGCAGCUAUGAAUGGAAAUCUAGAGCUAGUCAAUCACUUGUUUUCACAAUACGAUGAUGCUUUCGACUUCCAAAACUUAGAUGAGGAUGGAAAUAGUUUAAUGCAUAUUGGUGUCAAAUCGAAGCAGUUGGCAAUUGUUCGCUACCUAGUUGAACAUAAUGUCCCUUUGUAUACUAUAAACAAGGAAGGUGAAACACCCCUUCAUUUGGCUGCAAAGUUGGGAUUAUCACUCAUAGUUGAUUAUCUUAUCGAUUGUGAAAUGAAUCUGCUCACAUCUACUGAUAAGAAUGGUAAUACACCUUUACAUUUGGCUUGUAUAAAUGAUCGAUCAAAUGUAGUAUUGUCGCUUUGCAACGCAGGAGCACCUUUGGAAGUUAGAAAUAAGGAUCGUAAAACACCUCUACUAUGUGCAGUGUUUACUGGUUCAGAGAGUUGUGUACACGCGUUACUACGAUCUGGUGCACGAGCAGAUGUUACUGAUGAGGGAGGUAAUACACCCCUGCAUAUUGCUGCAAUACAAGGGGAUUAUCCUACUGUCAGAUUACUCUCUAAAGCUUACACAGAUGUUGACAUAUUUAAUUCAGCCGAAUUCACUCCACUGCAUUUGGCUGCAAGACAUGGACACUUGAGAACGGUUCGUUAUCUUAUAUUGGCUGGCGCUGAUCCUGGUAUCACGAGUCGUACGGGAAUAACUCCAGAUGUUAUGGCUUUUGCUCAAGGCUAUGCAAAAGUUGGAAUGUUGUUAACCAAAAUGAAACCAGAGAAGCGUACAGCAUGGAUUGAACAAUUAAAAGAGGGAACACAUCGUUUUCCAAGAAUUAAAGUUAAAAUAUUCGGUUCAAGUUUGGUUGGUAAAACUCAGUUAACCCACUCUCUGCUAAGUGGACCUAUAUCUGCUUAUCUUAAGAAGAAGUUGACUUCUGUAUCAGAAUUUGCUGGUCUAAGUGGUGAAUUAGGUCCUGUAUCUCACUUAUAUCGUCAUCAAUAUCCAUAUAUUUGGAAUAUAGACGCAGAACAUGAAAAUUAUACUCAAGGGAUUAAUGUUCACAUUACAAAUGAAUACAGUCUAUGGGAUUUUUCUGGAUUCCAGUCAUACUAUUGCUUUUAUGAUCAUUUUAUCGGUGACAUUAAUUGUAUACACUUAGUACUGUUCAAUUUAAUGGACACGUUAGAAUGGAGACGUAAAAGUGUACGAUUUUGGCUUGAUUUUUUGCAUGCACGAAUUCCUGUCACUGGUCCUCUGUUAUUCGGAGGUAGACCAACACAAAUGGCCCGUGUAAUUCUUGUCGGAACUCAUGCAGACGUAGUCCAGUGUCAAAAAGAUCCAAAUGGAGUUUAUUAUGAUGAAGAGGCCUUACAAUUCAUAAAAGAAAUUAUAUCAGAAUAUGAAGAUAAGCUGGACAUUCACGAAUUUGUUUAUCUACUCGAUGCAAGAGAUGGAACAUCCACAGAAAUGAAACAAUUGAAGACAUUUUUGGCGGAUGUUCGAAAUAUCAUAGUUCAUACUCUUCCUAGAACAAACACGUUAAUGUUGGAUGUAUCGAAUAAAUUAUCUGAAUGGACAGUGAAUGAUCUAUUUCCUAUCUGCAACUUAGAUCAAUUCGCAGAACGGAUUCAUGAGAAUAUUAAUCCAUUGUGUACGGAUGAACAUUUAUUUACUCUUAUUGAGCACUUGCAGUAUGCAGGAAAUAUUGUAUAUAUUGAAGCACCAACAAAUAAUACUGCAGAUAAUAAUAUACUGAGUGAUACUACAAACGAUAAUAAUAACAAUAAUUACUACAAUAAAAAUGAUAUGAUUGUACUCGAUCCAAAUCGAUUGUGUAAUGAAAUACUUGGUAGAUGUUUAUCUGAACGUUUCCUCCGUCGAACCAGGAUAACAGGCAGUUAUACUCUAGAUGAAUUACAAUUAUUUGUACGUGAACAAAAUACCCAACAAAUGAUUAGAUUACUUGAAUCAUUUGGUUUAUGCGUUUGUUGUAUUGUCAAAGAGCAUCGUCAUGUUAGUCGAAUGAAAUCUCGUGGUAAAAAGCAUUCAGCUGAUUGUUUUGAAUUAUUUGAGCAAAUCAAUAGUAGCCCACAGUCAAGGACACUCAUACAGGAUACUGUAUACACUGAUCCUAAUGGGGUUAGUGGGAGUACCGGUAGUAGUAGUAGUACUGGCAGUAUAAACAAUCAUAGUAAUAAUAUUCAUAAGUUAACUCAUACAUACACUAAUGAUUCAUCAUUAAAUAAUACUCAAAUUUUAAAGCCAAUAGUAUUUGAUAUCUCACGAUUGAAUGAUACAUCAAUACGAAAUGAAGAUAUACAAAUUGAAAUGCCACGUUUGAAUUUAAUCCCACUAUAUCAAGGUCUAUGGGAUAAUAAUGACAAUGAAAAUAAAAGAAUGGUUUAUUCUGGUGUACAGUUAAUCGCUUCCCCAGGACAAUUUAUUCAUUUAAUGCCACGUAUACAAGUCCAGUUAAGACGUGAAAUAUCAAUGAAUUGUAAAAAAUAUAAUCAACAGAAAAAGUUAUGCAAUAGACUGUAUAGGUUAACUUGUAAAGAUCAGAAUAAUUUUUCAUCACCUUCAGAAGUUUACAUGAAUUCCUUACACUAUAAUUCAAGUAAUAUUGCGCAUAAACGUAAAUUGACAAAUUACUCACCAUCUUGGAAUUUAGUACAAUGGCUUCAUGGUUCAAAAAUAUCAGAUUCUAAAGGAGAAAUUCAAGUUUUUAUUUGUAUUGAUGAAAGUAAACAAGUCCUCGAAAUUCGUUCUAGAUGUCUACCACAACAUACAAGCUUAACAUUUGGUCUCCUUCACGAAACGAUCCAUUUAAUUACACAAGUAAUUUCAAGAUGUUGUCCAAAUUUGAAUUUGGAUUUAAGACUAAUUAAUUCAGACGAUUUGACUAAUCAUCGUAUAACACCAAAAGUAUGGGAUACUAGACAACUAAUACAAACAUUAUUGUUAGUCAUAGCUCAAAACAGUAAUCGUAGUUCAUUGGGUGGUAUUGACUUGCAGAUUCCAAGAACACCACAGAAAUAUCAAUUUGGAAGACAGAGUAAGUCAAGACUUCUUCAUGAAGUUGACGAUAAUCCGGUAAGCGAAGAUGAUGAUGACGGUGCUGAAGAAGAAGAAGAAGAAGGAGAAGAACAGGAGGACAAUGAAGUGGAUAUUCUUGGCAGAAUCAGCAGAAAUAGUAAUCUAAGGUUAAGAGAUAGAAAAUCUCUUCAUUCGUUAAACCUACAAAACCAAUUAAUCAAAGAUUUAUUUUUUAACAAUAAGUAUCUAUCAAAAGAAGUAUCUAACUAUCUGUUAGAUAUACCAUCUUAUCCAUUACCUGUUAGCAUUUUGCAAAAAUUAGCCAAAUGUAUCGAUAUCAUUGAACGUGAUCCGAGCAGAUUUGAUUCAUUCAUCCAAUAUUUAUGCUAUCCAGAUGUGAAAAACUUGUUCACUCAAUGGAAUCAAGGCAUAUGUCUAUGGGGUACAUUAAGUCCAACAGUGAUAUUAUUAAAUUUUGCCAGUAAAUAUCCAAUACGUAUAUUAGAAUGGGCACUGUUAUCAAGUUAUGGAUUAAAUAUGGUUCAAAUGUUAUAUACCUCAUAUAUUUUGUUAAAUUUUUGUCAAGUCCUCUCAAAACAACAACCAGUGAAGCCCUCAAAUAAUUCUGAUAGUGACUAUGUUGUUAAUAACUAUGAUAAACAUAUGAAGUGUAUACGUUCAUCCUCUACUCCACGUGACAGCCAGCUGUAGUGAACACACAGUUUUUUUUCUUUUUCUUUUCUUUUUCAAUUGAAAAUGUUUUCCUCAUUUGGUUUUUUUUUUCCUUACCAGAAUUUGUAUUUUAUUUUUGAGCGUGUUCCAGUUCUCCACCUUCUCUCUUCCUUUCUCUCUUAUUCGGUCGCUCUUACUCUUUUAUUCUAUUUCAAUAUUUUUCAAUAUAUAUAUUGACUGAAUCGAUAAAAUGAAUGGAACUUCUUUUCAGAUCUUUGCUUCUCUUUUCAAAAAAAAAGAGAAAUGGAGAAAGAAUUAAAAGAAAGAAAUGAAAAUAACAAAGUGAAUUAGUUUCUAGAUAUUUUCAUUUGUAUGUGAAACUUAUCUUGAGAGAAAAAAGUGAAAGUUGCUUCACUUUUUUCACUAUUUAAGAAGUUACUCGAAAAGUAAUUCUCUGUUUUACGCCUUUAAUGUAUGCAUUAAAUCCUGGACGUC